AUGGCGACACCGCCGCCGCUGGCGGUGGAUGUGCGCUGCGCGGGCUGCGGUGAGACGCUGGAGGUGGAAAACGGGACCACCGACUUCGCACGCCCGGGCUGCGGCGCCGCGCAGCGCCUCCCUCCGGAGCUCAUGCCGCCGCCGCCGCGCCCGCGCCGCGCCAUCCCUCUGCCGGCGGCGGCCGGGCGCGCGGCUGCUGCGGCGCACGACCGCCCGCGUGCCGUGCGGCUGCACCGGUGCCCUACUCACCGCGCCGCCGGGGCUUGGAGGCUGCGCCUGCCCAAUCUACGGCGUCAGCGGCCUCCAGAGCCUCAGGAUCUGUCUGAGACAGCUGGAUGCAGUGAGCAUGUACCACCUAGUGAUGACAUGGAUGCGGAAGAUGCUUCUCCAACAAAAAUGAAAGAUCCUGAGACGGGACUGUGGUUCACACCACAGGAGUACCAAGUCUUCGCCAAGCUCCGGACACGCACCUUCGAACAUACCAAGGAGGACUACCCGGGCUUGAGGCGGGAUAUGCACCAGUUCACCCAUCAACUGGGUGAGAUGCGUGUGGAACAGCAGGCCACAUGUGUAACCGCCAACUCAUCACGGCCAGGCAGCGUGAGCAAACCCACAACUGGGGAGCUUUCUGGGCGUACCACGGGAUGGAUCCACCGAAUCCACCACAACCAUGAGCAAAAAGAUAAGCUUGGGGGAGGUUCCCUCCCCCACUAA